CAUUUGGAUCAGCUAUAUAGCCUGGACGAGCACAGCCCGAGAGUGGCUAGACGUCCUCCUCGUGAAGUUGCCGACGACGCGACAACAGAAGCUUCCCUCCAUCGCAGAUCCUCCCUGUCAGAUUGUCCAUCCGCCACAAAGGAUCCGUUAUCUCUCCUCGUUUCUUCGCCUGCAUUUGCUUGUUUUCCUUGCUCGGCCACAGUACAACCACGCCCAAGAAGAAGAAGAAGAGGUCGGCGAGGAAGAAGAUGACCCGGAAGCGAAUCUUGGUCGUUGGUGGCACUGGCUACUUGGGCCAGCACCUCCUGCAGGCUUUUUCCGAGGUUCCAGAUUCUCCCUACGACGUCGCGUUCACGUACCGCUUCAGUCUCCCUCGGGCUUUGCGCGAUGCCUUUCCUCGUUCUCUGGCAUUUCUUGUUGAUUUGCAAUCUGGAGCAGGACUCGAUGCCGUUUCGCAAGCGUUCGGUCAGAGAAGUACCAUGUCUGAAUGGCAGCCUGAUGUGGUCGUUAACUGUGCUGCACUCUCUGUACCUCGUGCCUGCGAAGCAGACCCAGCUGCCGCUAUGUCUAUUAAUGUGCCUUCUACUCUUUUAGAAUGGUUAUCGACCUUUAAGGAGGCUAACACUCUUCUUAUUCAUCUAUCAACUGAUCAAGUAUAUGAAGGGGUGAAAUCCUUCUACAAGGAAGAGGACGAAACUAUUCCUGUGAAUGUUUAUGGAAAUUCUAAAGUGGCAGCAGAGCAGUUCAUCAGCAUGAACUGGUCAAACUUUGCUAUCUUGAGAAGCAGCAUCAUAUUUGGCCCUCAGACUAUUUCACCUGUUCCAAAGUCUCUUCCCAUUCAGUGGAUUGAUAGCGUCCUCUCUAGAGGAGAUAAAGCAGAGUUCUUCCAUGAUGAGUUUCGCUGUCCAGUGUAUGUCAAGGAUGUUGUAACUAUCAUACAAGCUCUGACAAGUAGGUGGAUAUCAGAUGGGGAGCGCAUGCAAUUGCUACUAAAUGUUGGGGGACCUGACAGAGUCUCUCGUGCUCAAAUGGCGGAGACUGUGGCGCAUAUUAGAGGAUACAGCACCUCUUUAAUCACUCUAGUGUCUGCUUCAUCAGUUGACCGUGGUGUGAGAUCCCCAGCUGACAUCUCCAUGGAUAUCACUAGAGUGGUUCAGACGCUAAGAAUUUCUCCUACUCCAUUUAAAGAAGGUGUCAGAUUGACACUUGAAGCUGAAGGCAGUGCUUGAUGCUCUUUGAUGCUAAAAAUGUCGCUUCUAUUUGUUCCAUUUGUCUUUUUUUUUUUUUGGUUAAAUGGGCUUUAUAAGCGGUUCUUGAUGAUCACCAGCCUCUGAAGAGCCUAGGAUCCAUUGAGCAUAAGUUCUGCUAGGUUUUAAUGGCUGGAAGUUCCCAUGUAUUGUUUCAUUCUUAUGCGGGUGUUGUGUAACGACAAUCAUGGAAUGAUUUCACAUAUUUCGAAUAAAAAUUCGUUGUUCACUUGUUCA